CAAUCCCCCAUUCUCCUUGCAGAGCCCAUACAAUUCCUUGACAGACAGCCCCGAAAUUCCGGAAACAAUUAACCCCCCCCCAAAUGCCUCCGCAGGCCCCGCCUACGCCGCCCCCGUCGUCGCUCUCGCCAAUCUCGACGUACGUGAAGCCGCAACCCCGGCCGCCCAGAUCGCCGGCGCACUCCGCCCAGAUCCGCGUGCAGAACCGGCGCCGCGAGUACCUCGAGCGGAAUCCGAAGUACUUCGAUUCGCUCGAGCACGAACUUGCGGACCCAUUACUCUACGAUGCCCUGAUACGGCGCUUCCAAUCGCCCGCCGAGCGCGAGAAGGAAGGGCGUACGAAGGGGUACUCGCGGGUCCUCGAGGUGGAUCUCAUCCGCGGCGAGGCCAAGAUCGCGCAACUCACCUCCGCCACCUUCGCCGCCAACAUCGCCUCCGCUCCCCAGCGGGAUCAGGCACCGGGCCCGUCAGCGGGGGCGGAAUCGUGGAUCCCGAAGCCGGCGUCGGAGGACGCUGAUGCUUUUAUCCGCGAGUACGCAAUCGGCACCGAUGGUUUUGGCGAUAACGACGGUGGUGGUAAUGGUAAUGGCGGUGGAAGUGGAAGUGGAAGUGGAAGUGGAAGUGGAAGUGGAAGUGGUGCCGAGGCGGGUAUCAAGGGCUUGCCCCGCCGGCCUGAGACUAAGGAGGAGGGCCGCGAGCGGUGGAAUGAUUUUCUAAGACGUCGGUUCGUGCUGGGGCGCGACGAUGACUUCGACUAUCAGAUCGCGGAUGAGAAUGAUGAUCUUGAUGUGAUAGAGCGACGCGAGCAGGAGGAUGCGUGGUUUGAUGAUGAGGACCCUGGUUGGGCUAGCGAUCCUGCUGAAGAUCAGAGUGGUGGAAGUGGAGAUGGUGAUCUGAAGAUGGAGAAGACACUUGAAGGAGAAACUGGAAUCCAGGAUUUCUGAUAGUUGUCGGUUAAUCCGAUUCAAAGGAAGGGGAAGUAAUAGAGGCUUGGCCGAUAAUAUCUUUCAUAUACGCCUACCUACCUAGAUAGGUAUUGUAGGUAGGCUGUGUGCGUUAGUGACAUUCGCCUUAAUCAAGCAUUAUUUAUUUGAAUUAAGUAGAACUACCUACUAAUAGGGAAUAACUCUUCUAAUAUCGCACUAAACAUUGUACAAUGUAA